UUUACACCAAAUUUUACUCAUUGGUCAAGCAAAAAGAGAGAUACUUUAUGCAACCGUUAAAUAAAAAAUGAUCUAUCUAUCUGAUCAUUCCCUUCUCCAGCGAAUACAUAGCAGAGUUCCCUCAAUACACGGGCAGAAGAACAACAACAGCCAACCUCUAGAAAAGACAAACAAACAGAAAACUCAUUUCUCCAUCCUCGUCUUGUUCUUUCACAUGAAUGUUGGUUGGGAAGGAGGGCUCAACUACCGGGGCAAAAAUUUCUUUUUUCUAUUCUCAAUUCAAAUGGAUAACCGGCAGGGUGAACACAAGGACAAGGAGGGAUAUUCAUCGGAUUUUGACAGAAGAAAACCAGAGCAUCCAAUCCUCGAUAACAGUCACCCUUCAUCAAUCAAACCACCUCCGGGGAGGCGACGCGUCCCAAGAAGGUACCGUGAGGAAGGAGAUAAUGUGGGAGGAGAAGGAGGAUGUUGUGUGAAAUGCAUGUGUUGUUGCUUCUGCCUUUGGCUUCUCAUCAUCCUCUCCCUCGUUGGAAUCCUUGUCAUGCUCUAUUCAAUCCUCCAGCCCCGACCACCAUCCUUCAACAUUCAAUAUUUUCAAGUCAAUGCCUUUAGCCUCCGCCCUAACUCUGGCAACACAACCCUAACCACAGAAUUCUUUCUGACGCUAAAAUCCCAAAACCCGAACAAAGGGAUUGGGUUCUUCUACGGGAGAGGAAGCUCUGUUUCCAUGUUGUACAAUGGCACCACCAUUAUUUCGUCAGGAAAGCUUCCUACUUUUCAGCAGACCGCAGAAAGCACCAACUUGAUGAAUGUUACCUUGGACGGGAUGAGUAAUCUUGAAUCGGGGCUUCAGGAUAGUUUGGAAGAGAAUGAGAAGGGAGGAAGGAUUCCUUUGCUUGUGAUGGUAAAUUCCCCUGCUGCCGUUGUGCUUCGGUCAUUUCCCUUGAGGGAGAUCGCAGUUUUUGUCAAUGGUUCUUUGGUGGUUGAUAGCUUGAUCCCUGGUAGGAACCCCAAGAUCUUGUCAUCCCAGUAUGCGUGUAGUGUUGGGUUGUAAGUCUCGUAUUGGCGAAUUAUGACUUGAUUUCUUCUUCAAAUGGUGCAAAGAUUUGGAGGGCUAAGAGCCAUAGAACGAGACACUUGCGCCCAUUUGACUGUUCUCUCGGAGACCAAAGCACAAGCAUCAUGAAUUGCACUGCAAUGUCAUGACACCAACAUCGUCUUCUCAUUUUUCAUGCUGCAAGAUUGGGAACUGAUCCAUCGUUGCAAGACAAGAGAUUGACAUUGGUCCAGAGAUAGGGAUGCUUGCCCUGCUGUAAACAUGUGCAGUUACUGAUCCGAAAGGACAUAGACUUGGAAAAAAGAGAAAAAGAGAGAGAGAGAGAGAGAGAGAUCUCAACGUCGACAAAACUUCAUCAAAUUGGGAAUAGUAAAAUAUGUAGAGAAUGGUUCCUUCCAAUGUAGACAAACAUGUCGAGACAAUUUAUUGUAUAGCUGCCAAACUCAAUGUACAAAGUCUCUAACAGAGUUUUAAAGAUCACAGAGCUUGAUCUCAGAUUUUCGUGUUUCAGUCUGUUUCCAUAUUCUAAUAAAGGUCUUGGCUUCAA